UGGUUUAGAUAUAAAUCGGAAACUUCUUCACUCUUACUUAAGAUGUGAGAUUUGCCAGCUCCGAUCUCCGACUCUAGAGAUAGAAAGUUUCAAUUUUUUUUUCUUCUGUUCAUUCACUCUCUUGCUUCAUCUGAAGAACAACUGUGUCUCUUCUCUCUAGAAUCUCCGGCGAUGACAACGGCGGAGGCCGAGUACUCGAGGGCGAAAACGUCGGUGUGGUGGGAUAUAGAGAACUGUGAGGUCCCGAAAGGUUGGGAUGCAUAUACGAUUGCGCAGAAUGUGAGCUCGGCUUUGUUGAAGAUGAAUUACUGUGGACCUGUCUCAAUCUCCGCGUAUGGCGACACCACUCUAAUCCCUCUCGCUGUUCAGCAAGCUCUCUCUUCUACUGGUGUUGGCCUUAAUCACGUUCCUGCAGGAGUGAAAGAUGCGAGCGAUAAGAAGAUCCUAGUGGAUAUGUUAUUGUGGGCUGUAGACAACCCUGCACCAGCUAAUUUCAUGCUCAUCUCUGGUGAUAGAGAUUUCUCCAAUGCUCUUCACCAGCUUAGUAUGAGGAGGUACACGAUUCUUCUUGCUCAGCCUCCACGGGCCUCUGUGCCGCUUGUUGCUGCUGCCAAAAAUGUAUGGCUCUGGACAAGCCUAGCAUCGGGGGGUCCUCCUCUUACUUGUGGUGAAUCCUCGCGACUGGUCAACAAUGGACGCUGUCAUGUCUCUAAUCAAGAAAUGUCAAAAGAUCCAGCUUCUGAACAAGCUCAGUCCAGCAAACCAACUGGUUCUACUUCUGACGCUGGAGAUGCUAAGGAUCACAAAGCCAGUGAAAACCAGAGAGGAUUACCUCAAGAGAUGAGAAGAAAUAUGCAUCAAAAUGGUAUCUUAACGCAGGGUGCGCUGGUAGGCAGUCGAAAAGCUCAGGCCAGCGUUUCAGCCAAACUUAUACAGGAAGCAGAGGUUGUGGAACCUGUAUGGUGCAAUGUUUGCCAGAUCAGCUGCAUCAGCAAAGAGACAUAUGCAAAGCACACAUAUGGUAAAAAACACCGAAGCAACUUGGAGUUGCAAUUAGGUAAGUCUGAAAACGUGUCACGGGGACCAGUUGCGCCUCCUAAGGAGGUUUUGGAGAAAAUGAAGAGUAAGAAGAAUGCGAGUGAAGGUAGGACUAAACCAAAUGCUGACUUUGCUUGUCGUUUGUGCAAUGUGAAAUGCCAGAGUCAAAUUGUCUUUGAUUCUCAUCUGAGGGGUCAAAAGCAUGCUGCCAUGCUGAGUCAAUCAGAGGCCCUCAUUGAUUCUGAGAAGCUUCAAGAGAAAGGUGUCAGAGAAAAGGAUCAACCAAAAGAAGCAAUCGCAGAGCCUAAAACAAAUCCUGAAUAUGCUUGUCGUUUGUGCAAUGUGACAUGCAAGAGUCAAAUUGUCUUUGAUUCUCAUCUAAGGGGCCAGAAGCAUGCUGCCAUGCUGAGUCAAUCAGAGGUACUCAUUGGUUCUAAGAAGCUUCAAGAGAAAUGUGUCGGAGAAAUGGAUAAACCAAGAGAAACAAUUGCAAAGCCUAUACCUAAUGCUUACCAUGUUUGCCGUUUGUGCAAUGUGACAUGCCAGAGUCAGAUUGUUUUUGAUUCUCAUCUAAGGGGUCAGAAGCAUGCUGCCAUGCUGAGUCAAUCAGAGGCACUCAUUGAUUCUAAGAAGCUGCAAGAAAAAACUGUCGUAGAAAAGGAUCAACGAAGAGAAGCAAUUGCAGAGCCUCAGUUGCAAUCUCAAAAAACUCAAGAGAAUCCUAUGUUCUUAGAGAAGCAAAACAAAGAUUUCAGAGAGAUAUGUGGCAGUGGCACCUCAAAAAGCAGUGUAAAAGAACCUUUUUCAAGUACUAAAAACCGGGUUGCCCUAGUAGCCAGUGAUGAUGCUCAGUCCAGCGUUUCAACCAAACUUAUAAAGGAACCGGAGCUUUUACAGCCCGUGUGGUGCCAAGUCUGCAAGAUCAGCUGCGACAGCAAGGUUGUAUAUGCAAAUCAUAUCUAUGGGAAAAAACACCGACAGAAGUUGGAAUUGCAAUCAGACAAGAACGAAAACAUGUGUAAGGGACCGGCCAAGCUUUCUAAGGAGAAUGAAGAGAAAACGAAGAAGGUAAUGUGCAAAAACCAAACAGCCUUUGAUUCUCAUCUGAAGAGUCAGACUCAGAACCAUGCUGCCAUGGUCGAGGAGCAAACAGAGGUACUCAUUGCCGACUCAAGGAAAACAAGAGACGAAAGCGAUCAAGAAAAAGAAACAACAGAGGAGCAGACACUUGUAAAGAUCGACGAUCAUGUCGUUUUUCAAGGAGGACAAGAAGAUAAAGAGGAAGUGAAGGAGAUUAACCCCAUAUCUGAGAACUUAGCGCAUGCCUUCACUGAAAUAGUGAAUCGAGAGUCUAGAAUACCUAAAGAAUCAAGAGGGUGUUUGGAUGUGAUUCCUGAGAGAUUACAACUGCCACCAGAUGUGAAUGUGGUGAAGGAGAAGCUGGGAGAUGAGUCCAACCAAAAAUCCGAAGCCGAAGCAAGAUCACGGGAACCUGGAAACGAGUCUGCAGGAGUGGCUGGCAAAAGGGAAGAGAUUAAGGUCCAAGUGGACAACUUUUGGACCCGCCUUUGGGGAUCAAAGACAAAGAGUUAAAACAACUGUUAAACUCAUGUUGUCUGCAACGAAUGAUCUUUUUUUUUUCAUAAAAUUUUAGGUUGUCUGAUACCCCAUGAUUAGGUGCCUAAUAAUGUAAGAAAACUUAACGAAAAUAUAUUGCUCACUGUUCAAUAAUCAGUCGUUAUGUUUUUUUUCCUUA